AUGAUUGCCCAAGACGGCUCAGCCUUUCCGCUCGCUGUGCUGGUUUGCUAUGCGCCGCUUGACCACGGGCAGAACAACGAAGAUGAUGAAUGGGAGAUCCUGCGGGCGGUCACGACCCAACAGACCGCCCUCCUUCAGGCCGCGAAGCCCACUUUGCAAGACGUUCUAUCAGCACGUCGCGGGCCAGCAGCGGGCGACGAGAAACGAUUCACGAGGAAGCUUGUGAAGGCCACGAAGAGCUCGCCCCCCUCGGACAUGGAACUUGUCCGCGCUCUGGUCGACGAAGCCACCACGAAGGGGUUCCGGUCAGCUGCAAUAGACGAGGCUACCAAGGCCAAGACGAAGCAUGAUGAUCAGCAGAGCGCGAUCGCCAUCUUCAGGUGA